AUAAUAUUAAAGAGGAACAGCCAAAAAAGCAACGGAAACCAGAACCGAAGAAAGCCCCACAACUCAGAGUAAAAAAGAAAAAAGGAGAACAUUCGAAGCCUGUCAAACAACCACCACCUCCAUCACCUCCAUCAACCCAUAAGACUGUACGAAUCAAACAACGACAUACAACGCCUCCACCAGCCCCAACGCCUCCACCACCCCCAUCGCCUCCACCAGUCCGAUCGCCUCCACGAGUCCGAUCGCCUCCACGAGUCCGAUCGCCUCCACCAGUCCGAUCGCCUCCACCAGUCCGAUCGCCUCCACCAGUCCGAUCGCCUCCACGAGUCCGAUCGCCUCCACCACCCCCAACGCCUCCACGAGUCGAAGCGCCUCCACCAGUCCGAUCGCCUCCACCAGCCCCAACGCCUCCACUAGUCGAAGCGCCUCCACUAGUCGAAACGCCUGCACCAGUCGAAACGCCUGCACCAGUCCAACCACCUCAUCCCUACAAAGACCAAGAUCCACCCGAUACUGCCAAAGACCAAACAGCAGCCUACCCCGAACCAAGAAGGUCUAUCUCAUAUCAGAUAGCACCAAUUGCCUCAGAGCGCCUGAUAGCAGAAUCUCCGAGUAUCGUCAAACCGCCUCAGAUAAUCGUAACCCAGAAUCCAUCAGUUAACUCAAACGACAAAAGACCAGUGACAGUAGACAAAGAAGUACAAACUAUCGAAUACGAAACUCCUCCAGUUGCCUUAGACCAAACAUGUCUUCCAAGUUACGUCGGACCAGAUCAAACUCCGCCAGAUACUAAAGCAGUCCUUCAGCGCUAUCCUCAACCAAUACAAACUGCCAUAUACGGGGUGCAACCAAGUAUCGUAGAACAGCUCACACCCAUCAGUCCCUACGAUCCACAGAUGAUGGAAUUAUAUCGACCAUCUUUUAUGGACAUUGCUAUUAAUCAACCUGUUACCUUAAACGACAACAAACCAGAUCUCCGUAGCUCCCUUCAACCAAUGCAACCUGGUAUAUGCGAAGCAGGACUAUGUAUCGCAGCGCAAGAAAAUCCAGAACCCAUUUGUCGCUACAAUCACCCAGCGAUCGAAUUUCAACCCGCACCUCUACAUAACACUGCCAUAAUUCCGCCGACGCCCUGCAUUUAUCACACAACAACAUUUACCCCUUUUCCACAACAAGUAGGGGCCCCAACCUUCCCAACACCGGAACCCAACACACAACUGCCUUCACAAAUUACCUGUAUCCACCAUUCACCAUACUGUAUGGGUUCUCGGUAUCCAGUACAAGUCAGACUGCAGCAAGCAACUGAAUCGGUCACAACACAAACUAUACCAUAUCAGAAACACGGCCAGUCACAUGCACAAACAUCAUGCGAGUAUUCACAACUUGUCUGUCAACGUUUCAGACAACACCACCCGAAUUACUUCCAGCCAUGUACCUCUCCAUUACACAAGAGACAAGAAGGCAACUAUUAUCAAGCUAGACCAAAGCGUAGAGAACACUAA